AUGGUGCGGACAAGCAAACAUUCGAAGAAAGGUAACAUCAUCAAAGCGAAAUGGACAAAAUCUGAGGACACAGAAUUGAAAAAAAUAGUGAAGGAAGUUGAGCCAAAUAAAUGGACAAAAAUCGCAAAAAAGCUCAAAGGACGAACAGGAAAACAAUGCAAAGAGAGGUGGGAGAACCAUCUUCAUCCUGAUAUUAAGGAUACUCCUUGGACUAAAGAAGAAGAUCAAAUACUGAUUGAACUACACAACAUAGUUGGUACGAAAUGGGUAAAAAUUGCACAAAAACUCCCGGGAAGAAGUCCUAACGGUAUUAAGAACCACUGGAACACUACAAUGCGUCGGGUGCAAAAACAAAUUGGUGAAAAUUUCAACUUCGCUGAUAAUAACAUCCUCGAAAACUACAUAAGGUAUGUCAUAAUCGAUAACGAUAAUCUUUCCAAGACCACUGAAACCGAUGGUGAAGCGACAAAUACCGAAGACGAUGAUGAGUAUAAUAAAGAUAUGUUCUUUGAGGAGCCGGAUCCGAACAUGGGCGGUGGCACACAUAUAAUUGACGUUCGCACACAGACAAUUGACGUUGGCACACAGACCAUGGAUGCUGGCAUGCAGACAAUUGACACUAGCAUGCAGACCAACCAACCAUUAGUCACUGCGCCUACAACAUCAUAUUAUGUUCCAACGCCAGAAAUGUGUCCAUGGAACAAUUAUGCAACAGAGCUUUGUCAACCAGUGAAUGACGGUCUAAAGGAUUUGCUGCAAUGGUGGGAGUAAUAUCCCAUGAGGGUAAUUUCUUUCCUCAAGAUAUAUUCUAAGUAUCAUAUGAGGAAAUCUAUGUAUCUCUCUGUCUAUCUAUCAUUUUUCUAUUUUUA